AUGAGGGAGAAGGGAGGGGAAGGGGAGAGGGGGGGACGGUGUCCGCUCCAAAGGGGACGAAGCUCAACGGCAGCGGCCGGCAUCUCUUCUUCGGCCGCCUUCCUCCCCGUCGCCGUACUGGUGGUGCUUCUUGCGCCGCCGGCCCUCUGCGAUCCUUCGAUUCAGCUGCUCCGCCGCCCCGACGGCGGCGGCGGGCGCGGGGGGGUGGGGUGGAGGACGGUCUACUCCGUCGAUCGCUUCGGCGCCAUUGGGGACGGCCUUCACAACGACACAGAGGUUAGAGAGAGAGAGAGAGAAAGAUGCAGAAUUUGUAGGGUUAGAUUCAUCACCAUGAAGAACAAUGUAGGGAAACCUGUUUCAACAUUGUUUUCUUUUUAAUGUGCCCAUGUUCCAGAUUUUAUACCAGAGCGAGAGAGAGAGAGAGAGAGAGAGAGAGAGAGAGAGAGAGAGAGAGAGAGAGAGAGAAAGAGAGAAUGCCCAGAUCGAAACCCUUCUCCAUUCAAAUAAAAUCAGGGGGGAAAAAUUCGAUGACUAACCCAAAAUCCACCAGUUCUGAAGAGAAACCCGGCGACCAAUCUAUAAUCUGAUGUGAAAUCUUUCGUUUUCUGCAGGCGUUUCUACAGGCCUGGCAGGCAGUCUGUUCUUCCCCAACUCAAGCAGUUCUCAAGGUUCCAGCCAGAAAGACCUAUCUGGUUUGGCCUCUAGAUUUCUCUGGGCAUUGCUCCUCCAACUCGACUCUGGUGGUAAGCGCUUUCAUGCAAUUUUUCCAAAUAUUUAAGGCAAAAGGGGAGGAAUAUUGAUUACCAUUUCAUGCAUAAUUUCCCAACCUCGAUAGAUCCUGGGGACGAUAGUUGCUCCCGAUGAUCCCGAGCUCUGGCGCGAUCUGAAUCCACACAAAUGGCUGUACUUCGUGGGAUUGAACGAUCUGAGCCUGCGGGGAGGUGGCACCAUCGAUGGAAAAGGAGAGAGAUGGUGGGGCCGGUCCUGCAAGAUCAACAAGAACAAUGUAAGAACUAAUCCCAUCAAUUCAUCUCACUUCUCUGUCUUAAUGAUUUCUUGGUUUUUUUUUCUUGGGCAGCCAUGCAGACGCGCUCCAACGGUUAGCAAAACCAGCGAUCACAUCCUGAUUUUUGGUGAAUUUCCUUGGAUUUCUAUGGACUGGGCUGAAGUCAACGAUGUUGCAGGCAAUUAAUUUUCAUAGGUGCAAGAAUCUGAGAGUACAGAACCUGACGCUACUGAACAGCCAGAAGAUGCACAUCGCCCUCACUAACUGCACCGGAGUGAAGGUGUCCGGUCUUCGAGUGAUUGCUCCUGCUGAUAGCCCAAACACUGACGGCAUUCACAUAAGUUCUUCAGUUCAUGUAGAAAUCAAGAACAGUGAAAUCAAAACAGGUCUGGAGUUCAUGAUAUUUCGUCCAUGGAUAUUCAGAAAAUGACAAUUUCUCUCUCUCUCUCUUCUUCAGGGGAUGACUGCAUCUCCAUAGUGUCCGAGUCUUCAAUGGUGAAGAUCAGAGAUCUUAGUUGCGGACCUGGGCAUGGGAUUAGGUGGGGGAUACUGAUGCAGAUCCACACACUGAGCAAUUAAACCUAACCUGGUUGAUUUUCUUCUUCAGCAUUGGCAGCCUGGGGAAGCACGGAUCAUGGUCUAACGUGAGCAGUAUCCAAGUAAACAGAGUGACCUUCACCAACACUACAAAUGGGUUCAGAAUCAAGACAUGGCAGGUAAAAUGUCCUAAAUUGGAAAUUCUUUGGGAUUUACCUGGUGUCUUGAAUCCUGAUGAAUGAGCCAUGGCAACCAGGGAGGAAGAGGUUUCGCCCACAAGAUUUAUUUCCAGAAUGCCACCAUGGAAAACGUCUCGAACCCGAUCAUCAUCAACCAGUAUUACUGCGACUCCUCCCGCCCAUGCCUGAACAAGGUAGUAGUAGUAGCAAUAAUCCGGCAUUCAUCUGCGUACCUUUGUGGAGGCAUUUUUUGAAUAUUUUUAUUGUGAUUCCAUUCCCAAUAUGGGGAACGCAGACCUCUGCAGUGAAGGUACAUCAGGUUUCCUUCAAGAAUAUAAGAGGAACAUCAGCCACAAGGAAUGCAAUAAAGUUUGCUUGCAGUGAUAAAGUUCCAUGCGAGAAGAUCCUCUUGAAGAACAUCCAGUUAUCCUUGCUCUCUGGAGAUCGGCCAAGUUCAUAUCGUUGGAAGGCCCAUGUGUCAUGCUAUGGCUCUGUGGAUCCUCCUGUCUGUGUCAGACGGUGGGGUGACUUCGACCCUCUUAAGCUUCGUUCCAGUGAAGCACAUUGGUUCAUUUCCGAUUGGAUUGGUUAUGUACUAAACUUCAGAAUUGGAGAUUUCCUACUUAAAGCUCCUUUUCUUCAUCGAAAUUCCAUGUUCUAUUGA